GGAAAAAAUUGGGUUAUCGCAAGAUUAAAAACGUGAUCAAACCCUGCCGCUUUUUUAUUUUUAGUACAGUCGUUCAAAGACACUUCGCUGAGGACGUGCCCAAGAUCUACCCGAGAUCCACAAUAUUAGCAACCUUUUCUCUCCUGAAUGGUCAAAACGCCGUCUCGUGCCUUGAUGACCCGUGUGGCGACUAUGCCUAUAUGAGUGGCUGCAAUUCUUGCUAUGACCGUUUCGGUGCCACUAAGGUUAUGGGCUGGGUUAAUGCUAAGCUGAGAAUUCUAUUAUCAACAUUCUUGAUACUUUUCAAUGGCUCGGAUGUCACUACGCUGUUCUUUUGCGGUGAAUCAGCUUGA